ACGUCAUCUUCCCGUUUACCGGCGGUCUUCCUCUGCUCUUAAACUGAGUUGUUGGUAAAAGUUACCGGUCAGCAGGAAAGUGUCUCUGGACGGGACAACAUGCGCUCCUUAGCGGCACUAGCUGUCAUUGUGGCGGCUGCAAGUGUCUACCUCUACCUGCUGUCGGCGCACCUUCCCCCGGGACCGACGCAGCUCCAGCCGGGGUCCGAGCAGGCGGGUGAGGCCGUCCAAGAGUACAGGCUGAAGUUCCCGUCAGACCUGGAUUCUCUGCGGGAACUAGCCAGGAUGCUCAAGUUUUACAAAACAGAAAACUACAACUACGUUCUGCUGCUGUUCUGUAGCGCCUACCUCUAUAAGCAGUCUUUUGCCAUACCUGGCUCCUCCUUCCUGAACAUGUUAGGUGGGGCAAUAUUCGGACCUUGGGAGGGUCUGAUGUUGGCCUGCCUGCUCGCCACUUUUGGCUCCACAUUCUGCUUCCUGCUGUCCUCUGCGUUUGGGAAACAGUAUGUGGUUCACUUCUUCCCAGAGAAGGUGGAUCUGCUGCAGAGGAAGGUGGAGGAAAAUCGUAGCAGCUUAUUCUUCUUCCUCCUUUUCCUUCGUUUCUUCCCCAUGACUCCUAACUGGUUCCUUAACAUCACCUGUCCUGUCCUCAACAUUCCUAUAUCCAUUUUCUUCUUUUCUGUAUUAAUAGGUUUGAUCCCAUACAACUUCAUCUGCGUCCGUACCGGUUCCAUUCUGUCCCAGAUCUCCUCCCUGGAUGACAUCUUCUCCUGGGGGACGCUGGCUCAGCUCCUGGCCAUCGCUCUUAUGGCCCUCCUACCCGGAGCACUGAUCAAACACUACAGCAGAGCUCACCUCAAGGUGGACGGCAUCAACAGCAACGGCACCAGUCAGAUGGAAAUCAGCCAGGACAAGAAGAGAAGAUGACUGAAAGAUGAGAAAGUGACUUAAUGAUAAAAGAACUCAGUCACUUCUAUGGCUACAGGUGUAUUAAGUUUGGUGUGGAGAACCUGGACCGGCCUGCAGAGUCCUGACCUCAACCUUCUUGAUCACCUUUGGGAUGAAUGAGAGUAGAGGCUGCAGUUCUGGUUUCCUCAUCUAGCUAUGAACACACUCCUAAACCUGGUGGAAGAUGUUUACAGAAUAGUUAAAGUUGCUACUGCUGGCAACGGUGGAUCAACAAACUGGAUCUUAGAGAUUAAGAAUAGGAUUUCAUCAAAGCUAAUGUACAUGUAAAAGUAGGCUGAAUACUUUUGGCAAUAUAGUGUAUCACAGACUGAGUUUAGGGUUUCUUUUUUUGUAAGAUUAAAAAUGCCACAUUUCAAGUUUCUAAAGGUAUCAGACAGCUCAGUAAAACACUAAAAGCACUUUUUUUUUGAGGAGCUCUGUAUCCGUCCUAUUAAAAGUGUCUUUUUUAUAUUGUUUUCAGUUUAAAAGCUUUAUGUGAGUUUGAAAAUGUUAUCUUGUUUUGACCAGAAAAGGGAAAUACAAAGUGUUUUCAAUUCUGCAUAUUGCAGUGUUUGCUGUGGAAAAUGCAAUAAAAUACAUAUUGCCUAA